GUUCAACGUUAAAUUUACCGUGAUUUUAAUUAAUUUGAGAUUUUACCGUGAUUUUAAUUAAUUUGAGAUUUUACCGUGAUUUUAAUUAAUUUGUGAUAAUCACUAUAAGCAGCUUAAGCAUAAAAUUUUUUAUUUGCGUGAAAACUUUUUUUAAAAACUUUGGAAAGAUACAAAUCUUUUUUUCUUGAUUAAGAGAAAAGAUUCGCUUAACAUGACAUGGCUCUUCUUUAUAUUGGUACUUCUUGUUUCAAUUGGAUUUGGUUUGUUAGCUGCCAUAUUAUUUCGUUGUUCGGAAGAGUGCGAGAUUUACACUAGCGGAAGCUUAAGGAGCCCACGAUUACGUCUGGAGACUUUUAGAUGGUAUGCGGUCGGUCCACCACGGCCACCGACAUAUUCUCAAUCAGAAUUGAACGCUGUACACGAAAACAGAUGUGAUAGAAUAGAGGGAAGACCAAGCCUGGAUACUGUGGGAAGGACGACUCUCAACCAAAGAGCAAGAAGUGAGGGUGAUUUAGAUUUAGGUCCUGUUAGAAACCCGGCGGCGCAACUUGCACGGAAUUCUAUACAGUCAUCUUCAGGUUCAGUGGCUGACAGAUAUCAAACAAAUAGAGACCGAAGCGAGCAGCAGGAAACGAUCUCUGGAGAAAGAAACGAUUUCCGGGUCCUGCCUCCAUAUUCCCCGCCUCCAUCCUACCAUGGUUCUAGUUAUGCUAUCCGUGUACAUGACGAUUCGAGUGACGAUGAUUAUUCGCACAGGAGGCGUCCGCUUUUCAGACUUCGAUGUCCUCUGUGUUGUCCAGCGUGGUGUGAGAGGUCUUCUACACUCUAUAUUCUGGAGUCCCACCCACCAAGGUCACAACCUCGACAGACCACAGGACCUGAACAUCACUCACACUUAUAAGUCACUUAUUUAA